AUUGGGGUCACAACUGUAUAUAUAAAAUGUGUGUUGGGUCAUCAAAUAAAUAAGUCAAAUUUAUGUGGUCUAUUUUGGAAUAAAGUUUAUGACUUAAGGGCAUGAUUGUCAUGAUUUUAAUAUGUGGAUACCAAUUAGAUAGUUUCUGAUUUGAUGAGGGGCCAAAUUAGAAAUUAUUAAUAAAUAUUACCAACUGUUGUAACAGUUGGUAAUAUAACAGGUAUGGGUCCCCAUUUUGCAUCGUAUCAUAUUUUUACAGAGUUCUUGAAUCCCCAUCAUCAGGAAAAUAAGGUUUCAAAGGUUUUGAUGCAAAAUUGGAAGAUCAUACCAAUCAAAGAUCGAUUCUAUGGACUCCGCUGUUGCUAGUGUAUUUGCUAAUCUUAAUUCGGUACCGGUCCUUAAUGGUAAUAACUUUAAGGACUGGAAGGAGAACAUUUUUAUUGUUCUUGGCUGCAUGGAUCUUGACCUUGCAUUAAGGAUGGAUCGUCCUGCUUCUCUUACGGAUACUAGUACCUCCGAGCAAAGGAGGAUUUAUGAGAAGUGGGACCGUUCAAACCGCAUGAGUCUUAUGAUCAUUAAGCGCGGCAUACCUGAGGCUUUUAGGGGUGCGGUGUCCGAGGAGGUCACCGAUGCCACAACUUUCCUUGCUGAAAUUGAGAAGCGCUUUGCAAAAAGCGAUAAGGCGGAAACAAGUACUCUUUUAAAGAAACUUAUUUCCAUGAAGUUUAAGGGCAAGGAAAAUAUAAGGGAGUACAUUAUGGAAAUGUCUCACCUUGCUUCAAAGUUGAAGGCACUAAAGCUUGAGCUUUCGGAUGACUUGCUUGUGCAUUUAGUGCUUAUCUCUCUUCCUCCACAAUUCAGUCAAUUUAAGGUCAGUUACAACUGCCAAAGGGAGAAGUGGACUCUUAAUGAGCUCAUUUCAUUUUGUGUUCAAGAGGAAGAAAGAUUGAAGCAAGAAAAGACUGAAAGUGCUCAUUUGGCAAGCACCUCUAAGGAUAAGGGCAAGAAAAGAAAGAAUGAGGCUGCUAAGGAUAAAGGUCCUGCACAUAAGAAACAAACUCAAACCAACAGUGACGAUGGUUGUUUCUUUUGCAACAUGAAAGGACACAUGAAGAAGGAAUGUGCUAAGUAUAUUGCAUGGCGAGCAAAGAAAGGGUUGCCUGAGUUACCGAAAGCCAAAUGAUGCUGAAAGAAGCAUUUAUGUGGGAGAUGGCAAGUCGGUAAAUGUGGAAGCAAUAGGGCAUUUUAGGUUGUUAUUAAGUACUGGUUACUAUUUGGAUUUGAUAGAUACUUUUGUUGUACCGUCUUUUAGACGGAAUUUGGUUUCUGUUUCUUGUUUGGACAAAUUGGGUUAUUAUUGUUCAUUUGGAAACAAUUGCUUUAGUUUAUCUAUUAAUUCAAAUACUGUUGGAACUGGUUCUCUUAUGGUUUAUGACAACUUAUAUUUGCUUGA